GCUCAAUAGGGCUCGUCGUCACAAAUGGCGCAUAACAUGGUGGCUUUUCUGUUUUUAGCCCUAUGCUUCUUCGUUCUCUACAGGUACAUCAUUCCAAGACUCUUCCCACAAGUGGUUAACCGAGUUGGCGUUGUGCGAUUGGACGAUAACAGCAACACUGUCUACGCUUUUGAAUCGUCAGGGAUGCCUAUGAUGAACACAUAUAGCCGCUCACACGUCAAAGCGAAUGUAAGACGUCGCAAUCAUCAGUAUGAAGCCGCAAUGGCCUAG